CUUCACCAUUCUUGUCCUUAUCCAAAACUGGUAUUUGCUGAAGUUCGGACACAUCAACUAACAAGUCCUGAUUUUUGUCGUAGAUUUUAAAAUCCGCCAGAGCUUCUUCUCUAUUUUUGGCGGCCUCAAAUUCCGCUUUCCUUUGCUUCUCCUCCUCCUCUAUGACUCUGUACUUUUCCAAAGCAGAUUGUUCCAAAUCCUGGGCCCUCUUCAGGAUCUCGGCCUUUUCCGCCUUCAAUUUAUCAGCCUCAUCUCUGUUCUGCUCCAGUUCCACGAGUUUGUUAGUCUUCUCCUCUUUCAGCUUAACACCUUUUUGACUUAAUGUUGCCCUGAGUUCUUUCCCCACUUUAAUCAAUUCAGCCAUUCUUUGGGCCUCCUCUUUGGCGGAUUUCCCCAACUCCAGGCAGUUGUUCGGGCACCGUACCCCGCUCUCGUACUCAUCGGUGCCGUCGCAACAAUCGCAGAUGCCAUCGUUCACCCUGUUCGAGGGGAGGUUUUCGGCUUUGUGGCCAGCAUUCGUGCAGUAAAAACUUCCGUUCGGGCAGGCGGAAGUGCCGGGUUCGUCGCUACCGUCCGGGCAGUCGCAAUAAUCGUCGUUCACGUGCGAGAAAGGGAUCGUUUUCGAACCAUCGAAACAAGCGAACUCUUUAUUCGGAAUGUACAGCGAAGAUCUCGAUAGUGAAACGCCCCUCGGUCGUGGCACUUCAGAAGACAAAAUUCCGCAAGUAAAUACUAAAAUCACAAGUAAUUCGUGCAUAUUUUCAAUUUAAAGCAUCACACACACAUCAACACCGUCAUCCGGCAACGUUGCCGCAUGCGUAGUUUGAGGACACGUCAGUAACUUGGUGAUUUUUUCGUUGUAAAUUUGGGGAAUUUAGUGUCACUUUGACAGUCGAUAACGUAAACAAGAAUAUUGCGGUUUUUCAAAGAAAUUUUGAAAUGUGGCCGCACCUAAUUUAUUUCGUAUAUUUAGUUACGCUUAUUGAAGGUUCAAUACAUAAGAAUCUAAAAUAUUUCGAAACUAUUCACGCAGACGAUCUAAAACAUACAAUCGUUAAAAGAGGAUUGAAAGAAAGCAACCACCCAUUUAACAAAAUUAAAGAAGUUCAUUUUAAUACCCAUGGAAAGGAUUUCAGGUUAAUUUUGUCUCCGAAAAAAGGGCUUUUGCACUCAAAAUUCAAGGCAUAUGCAGUUGAUGGGGAUGGUAAAGAAACAACAGUUCACAUAGAUCAUGAAUCGUUUCUUGAUGGUAGAGUUUUUGGGGAGUCUAAAUCUCAUGUUAGUGUGCAUAUUGACGAUGGAGUUUUAACUGGGAAUAUUCAUUUGCCCGAUGAGACAUAUCAUAUUGAGCCAUCAUGGAGACAUCUGCCGCAUUUAGACAACAAAACAAUGAUAACAUAUAAACAAUCGGAUGUAAAGUUAAGCUGGGAACAUGACAACCUGCCGAGAGACCAGGUGGGCCCCAAAAUGUGUGGUUAUGUGAAAGAAGGUGCAGAACUGGAGGAGGAAGAAGAUAAUGUGGACAAUAUGUGGGAAAAUGCCAAGCACAGAGAAAAAAGACAAAUCGAUCAGUACGAAUACACACCUACAAGAACAAGGUGUCCAUUGUUGCUAGUGGCAGAUUACAGGUUUUACCAGGAAAUGGGUGGAAGCAAUACCAAAACCACGAUUAAUUAUUUGAUAAGUUUAAUAGAUAGAGUCCACAAAAUUUACAACGACACUAUUUGGCACGACAGGCAGGAAAUCGACGGGUUUCAGGGGAUGGGGUUUGUGAUAAAAAAGAUUGUUGUUCACAACGAGUACACCAGAAUUAAAUCUGGCGAGGCGCAUUACAACAUGGUGAGAGAUAAGUGGGAUGUAAGAAAUUUAUUGGAGGUUUUCAGCAGGGAAUACACGCACAAAGAUUUCUGCCUCGCCCAUCUCUUUACCGACCUCAAAUUCGAGGGCGGAAUUUUGGGUUUGGCUUACGUCGGUUCCCCUCGUCGCAACUCGGUGGGGGGCAUUUGUACCCCAGAGUACUUCAAGAACGGUUACACGUUGUACCUGAACUCGGGCUUGAGUUCGAGCAGGAAUCACUACGGACAGCGUGUGAUAACUCGCGAGGCAGAUCUGGUGACUGCGCACGAGUUCGGUCACAAUUGGGGCUCCGAGCACGACCCGGACAUUCCCGAGUGCUCGCCGAGCGCAAGCCAGGGCGGCUCGUUCCUAAUGUACACCUACAGCGUCAGCGGAUACGACGUGAACAACAAGCGGUUUUCCCCGUGCAGUUUGCGUUCGAUAAGGAAAGUGCUGCAAGCCAAGUCGGGUCGGUGCUUCUCGGAGCCGGAGGAGAGUUUCUGCGGAAACUUGCGCGUCGAAGGGGAGGAACAGUGCGACGCCGGACUUUUGGGGACGGAAGACAACGACGCUUGCUGCGAUAAAGAGUGCAAACUCAGAUCCCACGCCAAGUGCAGCGACAAGAACUCGCCCUGUUGCCAGCUGUGCAAGUACAUGCGCGCGGGCACCAAGUGCCGAGACGCGCAGCCGGCGACCUGCGAGGAGGAGUCAAAGUGCACGGGCCAGAUGGCUGAGUGCCCCAAAAGCCCCCCCACCCCCGACGACCGCCCCUGCCAGGAGAGGGGCCUGUGCCGCAACGGAAAGUGCAUACCUUUCUGCGAGACGCAGCGCAUGCACAGCUGCAUGUGCGACGUCAUUGAAAACGCUUGCAAGAGGUGCUGUCGCUCCAAUAUAAAUGAAACCUGUUCCCCUGUGGAUUCUUCAGAUAUUUUAGCAGAUGGAACACCCUGUAUACAUGGGUUUUGUAAUAACGGCCACUGCGAGAAGACGAUCCAAGACGUGGUUGAGCGCUUCUGGGACAUCAUCGAGGACAUCAACAUCAACAAGGUGAUGCUGUUCCUGCGCGACAACAUCGUGGGCACCGUGGUGCUCGUGACGGCUUUACUAUGGAUCCCAGCCAGCUGCGCCAUAGGCUACUUCGACAAGAGGCGCAGGCUCGAGGAGGCGGACCGCAGAAAUUGGCAGAACAAGACCGAUCUGGUGCAUCCGAGCGACACCAGGAGGGUUAUACGCCUGAAGGUGGCCAGGAACGUGCCCCCGCAUCCCGGCCAAUCGGGGCCCAGAGUCACCAUACAAGAGUAAACAAGUUGGUAUUACUUAACGUUUCCCGUGUUUUACCUUAGUAACUUUUUUGGUCUAAGGAAUAUUACGUAGGUAUUAUGAAUAUUACUUAAAAUGAAACCAAUGAUU